AUGUCCGAAGAUAAUCAUCAACCCAGAGGAAUAUUGAGAAAUAGAGGCGAAGGAUCACCUAAUGAACGUCAAGAAAUCCUUGAUCAGUUAGAUCGUCAAGAAGUGAUUAAAAACACCCGACUCAAUGCUCAAUUGGCAUCUGAUUCAUCGAAGGGAGACCAGAUCCGAGCCAAGAUUGCUGAACGUAAAGCACAACAAGGAUUAGAUCCAGGUAGUGAUGAAUUUGUUAAUACUCAUUCACCACCUCCAGAACAUUUAAAGUGGGAUGAAGUGAAUUUAUACAAGACUGAACAGGAAAAGAGUGCUACUAUGAAGAUCGAUGAGCCCAAGACUCCGUACGAAGGAGGAUUCAACCCAGAAGGUGAAUACUAUAAGGAGGAUGAAGAAGAGAUUCCUGAUUUCCAAUUAGGGGAAGGAGAGGCUAGUCACGAAAAUAAUCUUCAAUCACUUAAUGGAGGACAAGUUAUAGAAGAUCCAAGUUAUAGAAAUGAAGAAGAAGGAGAAGAGGAGGAAAAACCCCUUUCAGCUGAAGAAAGACAUAAAAAAUUUGAAGAAAUGAGAAAAGAACAUUAUCAUAUGAAAGGAAAUGCUUUAAAACAAAAAAUUGAUGUAUCUGAUGAAGAAGAUGAAUAAAAAUAAGUAAUUUUUUUCUUACGAUUUG